AUUCCAAUUCAAGCCUGUUUGUUUCAUCUGUUGUGUCUCUGACCUUAUAUGCCGACAAUCCUAACAAGAUUGGGAUGAGUUAUAGCCCUUCAAGGCUUCAACUUUACUCCGAAGGACUUCCAGUAGCCAAAAUUCGCGUUCCGGGAUUCUCUCAACCUGCUCACAGUAAUAAUGUUCCUGUGAAAACAAGGGUCUUGAUUGAUUGUGUGAAUGUUACCCAAAUUUUGGCUGGUUAUUUGCAAGAUCAAUCAGGGCAGGACAUUAUUCCAAUGAAGCUGUUGGGCGAUGUUAAAGUGAAACUCCAUUUUUUGCAUCUAACUCUGCCCAAAAUCAAGGUUGCUUUGGAUUGUGACCUGAAUUUUGUACCGGGGGAGCUAGCAUUUAUAACAGAAGUUUUACACAACAGAGCAGCUAAGAAUCCAAUUGCAGCUUUUGUAAAUGAAUCCAAAAGCUACUUGAAGAACUGUGCCUUUGCUAUUUACAUAUAAUAGCUGCUGAAAAUUAUUGGGGUUUCACCUAAUUCCUGGAAGAUCUUUUGGGGGAUUAAUUAUUAUGUAUAUAUUUUUUGUACAUCUCACAAUAAAUUAUCAAUCAGAGG